AUGGGUUUCAUCGACUUCGUUUCCGACGCUGGCCUCACUCUCCUUGAGAACUGGACCAAGACCCGUUCUUACAUCGUUGGCUACGGUCCUUCCCAGGCCGAUGUCAAGACUUUCCAGGCCCUGAAGGCUCAGCCUGAGGUCGCCAAGUACCCCCACGCCUACCGCUGGUACAAGCACAUCGCCUCUUUCGAGUCCGAGUUCUCUUCGCUGCCCGGUGACCCAACCAAAGAGUUCACUGCCUACGGCCCCGAGUCCGCUGAGCUUACCGUCAACCCCGCCAAGGCCACCGAGAACGCCGAGGAGGAUGAUGACGAUGUCGACCUCUUCGGCUCUGACGACGAGGAGGAGGAUGCUGAGCACGCCCGUGUCCGUGAGGAGCGCCUCAAGGAGUACGCCGCAAAGAAGGCUGGCAAGACGAAGCCCGCCGCCAAGUCGAUUGUCACCAUGGACAUCAAGCCCUGGGACGAUGAGACCGACAUGAAGGAGCUCGAGGCCCACGUCCGUUCCAUCGAGAAGGACGGUCUCGUCUGGGGUGCCUCUACCCUCGUUCCCAUCGGUUACGGUAUCAAGAAGCUCCAAAUCAACUUGGUUGUUGAGGACGACAAGAUCUCGCUUGACGAGCUCCAGGAGGAGAUCGCCGAGUUCGAGGACCACGUCCAGUCCAGUGACAUUGCUGCCAUGCAGAAGCUGUAA